AUGUCUGAAAACAUCGAUCAAUUCCGUCUUUUAACAAACACUUCUUUUGAAGAAGCACGAGAUUAUUUAAUACUUACAGAGGGCAAUAUAGAACAAGCUGUUACUCUUUUUUACGAAGGUGACAUUCGAGCACCACUACAAUCAUCAUCACUUACUACUAUUGAUGAUGAUGAGUUUUAUGAGACUGAUGAGUUUUAUGAGGUUGAUGAGAUCGAUGGGAUUGAUGAGAUUGAUGGGACUGAUGAGAUUGAUGAGAUUGAUGAAAUUGAUGAAAGCAUUACCACCACAAUACCAAAUACAGCCACAACUACUAAUGGCUUUAAAACUGUUCUUGAUGUAGAUGAUAGCAUGGAUUUAGAUAAGAAAGAUGACAAGAUUAAUAAAACUUCUCAAAUUAAUGCAGAUGAAGAAUUGGCUAGAAGGCUUCAUCAACAAGAAGAAAGUACAGCAGCAGUUCGUCCACCUAUCCAACCUAAGAGCGAUAUACUAAUUGGUACUGAUACUGGUGGCGAGAACCCAAAUGCUCGGCGCUUACGUGAACAGCAGCAUAAAACUUUUGCUGGAGAGGUCCGUCCUCAUCAUCAUGCGACCAAUAAGGUUGAUGGAUUAGUUAAAUUGUAUAGUCCUCCAUUUGAUAUUAUGAGUACAGAGGGAAAAUGGAUAAUGAUUAAUAUUCAAAACAUAGAAGAAUUUUCUUCUCAAUUGCUUAAUUGUAAUCUAUGGAGUAAUGAAACUGUCAAAGAUGUUAUUAAAGCAGAUUUUUGUUUCCUUCAGUUCAAUUCAGAUAGUUCAGAAGGUUCUAAAUAUAUAAACUUUUAUCCUGUUUAUAAAUAUCCACAUAUUGCUGUGAUUGAUCCAAGAACAGGAGAACGAUUGAAAGUUUGGGAUUCUCAACUCGAACCAACAGAAUUCUUAAUUACUGUGACGGAUUUUUUGGAAAAAUAUUCAUUAGAAGAAGAACCAAAUCAUUCAGAAUCUUCAAAAAAAAAUAAAACUUCAGAUGAAAAUUCAGCAAUGUCUGAAAAAGAAAUCUACAAAGUUCAUCCGGUUUUUGAAGAAAUUCCAUAUAAAUCUAUAUUUGAUUCCAUCAAACCAAUUGAGAGGCCAGAUCAAACAGGACCAAAAUCUACAAGUAUAAAAUUUCGAUUGGAAGAUCGACAUGUUAUUAAAAAAUUUAAUAAAAAAGACCCGGCACGAUAUAUGUUUGAAUAUUUAAAAGCGUCAGUUCCUGAACUUGAAGAUAAAUUUUUUGAGUUAAAUUAUUUAAGGAAUAACUUGAUUGAAAAAAUUGACGAAACAAUUGAAGAAGCGGGACUAAUUAAUGCGGCUAUAAAUGUAGUUUUAGGAUGA